AUGUCGACACCUCUCCUCUUUUUCUUCUUCUUCUUUCUUACUUCAUUUCCUUUGUAUUCCCUUCAAACAGCUUUCAUUGCUUCCAUUUACAACGAUCAUAACUCUCGCCUCUACUCCAUCUCCGUCAACCUCAAAACUCCCCUCCGCCCGGCCAGCCUCCACCUCGACCUCGGCGGGGCCUUCUCCUGGAUCGACUGCUACAAAAAUUACAACUCUUCCUCUUACCAAUUCGUCAUUAACAAUACCCCGCUCGCCGAUUCCUUUGGCCAGGGUAUUGGCAGCACCUGCGUCGAAGUUCCAUCUUCCAUGUGCUCUAACGACACCGUCAAUACCAUCUUCUCUUUCGGUUAUCCAGAAAAGCCAUCCAUAAGAGAUCAAUUUGUUGAUUAUUUUCACCCUGAGCUCACCGAUUCCGAGAGUCUGAUCACUGAUGUUCUCGCUCUCUCCACCCCAGACGGCUCCAAAUCCGGUCUACUCCGUCGCACUCCUGAAUUUCCUUUCGCAUGCGUCAAGACCAAUUUCCUCCGAGGUCUUGCUAAGAAUGUCAUUGGCCUUGCGGCGCUCGGCCGUUCCAACUUGUCGAUUCCAUCGGUGAUUAGCGCGAAAUUCAAUAGUCCUAAGUUUUUCGCCAUUUGUUUACCAGGAGCGAGGUCAGGACCUGGUGUUGCUAUCUUUGGAUCUAAAGGUCCGUACAGAUUUUCUCCCAAUGUUGAUCUUUCUAAAUCCCUAACUUACACUCCAUUGGUCUUCAAUCCGGUUAGCGGCUCGAUUUACACCUAUUGGUUACCGUCUUACGAGUAUUACGUUGGACUCUCUGCCAUUAGAAUCAACGGCAAGGUGGUACCGUUCAACACCUCUUUAUUGCCGUUUGAGUCGAUUCACGGUCGCGGUGGGGCUAAGAUCAGCACCUCCACCAAUUACGGGUUGCUACAGAGUUCGAUUUAUAGAGCAUUCGCAACGGUGUUUAUGAAGGAAGCGGCUGUACUCAACUUCAAGUUGAUAAAUGCGGUAGAGCCGUUCGGAGUGUGCUACGCGGCAAAGAGCGUGGGAGUGACGGCGGAAGGACAUGCGAAGGCUCCGGUGGUGGAUCUGGUUAUGGAGAAAGGGAAAGUGGUGUGGAAAUUAGGGGGGAGGAAUACGAUGGUGAGGAUUAAGAAGAAGGGAGUGGAUGCUUGGUGCUUGGGAUUCAUCAAUGGGGGAGAAUUUCCAAGAACGCCGAUCGUGAUCGGAGGUUUGCAAAUGGAAGAUCAUUUGUUGCAGUUCGAUCUUGAAAAGUUCAGAUUUGGAUUUAGUUCUUCGGCGUUAACGGAGGGAACUUCAUGUUCAAAAUUCCAACUUCAAUUCUAUCAACAACAAUUUCCUUUAAAUAAUUUUAGAGAAAAAUUUGGGUUAAAUUUCAAAUUUGGUUGAUUACAAUAAAAUUAGACUUUAAUCUCCAUAAUUAAAGAUUACAUUUUA